AUGACGUUGCUCUGGAUUCUCGAAACCACUGCUGUUGUGUUGUUGCUAUGGACAGCAGUUGAAGCCAUCCGUCGCCUCUACUUCCACCCCAUCGCCCAUAUUCCAGGUCCCCGCCUCGCAGCUCUGACAUGGUGGUACGAGUUCUACUACGACGCCAUCCAGCCCGGUCAAUACGUCUUCAAAAUCCAAGAGCUUCACAAGAGAUACGGCCCCAUCAUCCGAGUCACUCCCGACGGGAUCCAUAUCAACGACAGCGGCUUUUUGGACACUGUCUACGCGCCUGCAAUGGUCCGAAGGGACAAGUACGACUAUCAGCUGCGGAGUCUUCGCAUCCCCGGUGGAGUGGGCACCACCGCCGGCUAUCACCUGCACAGACUGCGAUGGGAAUCCCUCACCCAUUUCUUCAGCAAGAAGAACAUUUUGCAUCUGGAAGGGUUGAUCACGGACAAGGUCGAGCAACUGAAGCAACUGAUCGCGACCCAUGUAGCCGAUAACACGCCGGUGAACUUGUCAGAUGCAUUUUUUUCCUUUUUCAACGACGUUGUCACGAAUUUCCUCUUCGCGCACCUGACCGACAUACUGUCCAACGAAUCCAAAGCAGUCAUCCUCCGCCAGAACAGCAAAGAGCUCCUAAUGGGCAUUAACCUCAACAAGCACUUCCCGUGGAUCCCCGAUUUCCUCGAAUCGCUCCCGCUGUCCAUCAGCCGGCCGAUGAUGCCCCCAGGCCUCGUGGAUAUGCUUGCCCUCUUCGACUCCGCAACGAACUCCUCGCUCUCACGCACACCAGAUCAUCAGCAACAGCAGCCACCGCCGCUAAACCCUUGGGCCCAAGAAUCCGUCUUCGACUCCGUCCUCGACGCCCCUAACCUCCCCGACGCAGAGAAGACGCUCCCCCGCCUCGAACGGGAGGGCACCCUGCUCGCGCUGGCGGGGACUGAAUCGCCCGCGCAGACCCUCACCGUCGCCUUCUACCACCUCCUCGCCAACCCGGCGCUCCUCGCGAAACUGCGCCAGGAGCUCCGCACGGUCCCCGCCCCAGCCUCGUGGACCCAGCUCGAACAACUCCCCUACCUCUCCGCGGUCAUCGAAGAAAGCAACCGCCUCUCCUUCGGCCCGAACCGCCCGCAUCGCCUACGAGCCGUUAACUUACACGCCUUCCGCGCAUGCUGCCCCAUCACCGUGCAGCCCUCCCGCACCACGACGUUGAGCGCGCACACGGCGGAGACCGUGUUUCCGGAGCCGUGGGUCUUCGAUCCGGAUCGGUGGCUCGGGGAUGCCGGGAGGAAGCGGCGCAGGUUUCAGAUGGCGGUCGGGAAGGGAGGGCGGAGGUGUUUGGGGAUCGAGCUCGCGCGCGCGGAGCUGUUUUUGGUGAUUGCGGGGUUGGUGCGCGCGUUCGAGAUGACGUUGUUUGAGACGGGGGAGGAGGAUGUGGCGUUUCGGUGUGAUUAUCAGGUUGCUAUGCCGGGGAGGGGAUCGAGGGGGGUGAGAGUGAGGGCGAGGGCGAGGAUGGGGGUUGGGAGUAGCUAA